AUGCCUGAUUCAUUGUUUGAUUCAUCGUUUGGUGCACGUCAUGAUGCAUUGACUCGUUUGCAUGAUUUGAAUGAUCGUCUUGGCAACAAUAUGGUCAGAUUCACGACUGCUAGCCCAUUGGUUAUGGAUUCAUGGUCUGAUGUCAAGAGCGGUAUGAAACCAUCAUGUACUGGAAUCAAUGCGGCUUCUACAUGUCAAGAAAAUGCAAUCAAGAGUGAUGUGUCGUGUGGUGAAGACAAGUCUGCAGCAGUAGAUCGAGCCAAUGCAGUGCGUGGAUUCAUACGUGGCAUUGCAUUGCAAAAACUUGCAUUGUUGGACUGUGCAGCAUCUAAUCUUGGACAGCAAUAUCAAGGUAACCAAAAAACACAGCUACUGCAGCAACUUGAUCGUGUUCGUAAAGCCACGGCAAAACUUGAAUUGCAGUCCAAAUCGCUAUCAUGUCGUGCCAAGCAACUAGGCAGCUGUGAUGCCAAGAUUGGUGAGUGUAAAGGUGUUCAAGAUAAUACACGCUUGGAACGACGAUGGUGGGGAGCAGGAUCAGGAGCAGGAUAUGGUGCAGGAGUUGCUCCGGGAUAUGGUGUAGGCAUGUAA